CAACUCCAUCAAGGGCUACCUUUCCAAUAAGGUCGGCUCGCUCCAGCUGAAGGAUACAGGUUCCGAAGUCCCAUACGAGGGUUGCGGCCGUCUUCGCGAGACGAAUGAUCAGUGAACGGGACGAGGUCGUAGGGUGGACGAUGGUAUAUACUAGCGAACGAUAAACGGACGAAACACAAAACGCAACCAUGGCCGAGGGACCGCAGACCAUUUGGCAGAAGAUCGACGCCGCGGUCAUCCCCGUCGUCAAUCUGGAGGUGCGGGAGGUCCGCGAGAUACUAUGGGAGAAGAUCCAGGAGCCGACGUCGCAGCGGAAGAUCAUCCUGGUGAUAGUGUGCAUAGCGCUCCUGUUAGAUAACAUGCUGUACAUGGUCAUCGUGCCGAUCAUCCCCGACUACUUGAGGUACAUCGGCGCGUGGGGUGAGGCGGGGUACGAUCACGUCGUGACGCUGACCCCCAUCAUAGAAGGUAACAGAACUAUAAUACCGACUAAAAUCAUUCCCGCGUCCCACGAGGGCCAGGACUCCGCUACGGGCGUUCUCUUCGCUUCGAAAGCGAUCGUGCAGCUGAUGAUCAACCCAUUCUCUGGUGCCUUAAUCGACCGAAUAGGAUACGACAUACCUAUGAUGAUCGGACUCAUCAUCAUGUUUCUUUCCACCUCCAUUUUCGCUUGCGGCAGGAGCUACGGUAUGUUGUUCUUCGCGAGGAGUCUUCAGGGCGUCGGAUCGGCCUUCGCAGAUACUGCGGGUCUCGCGAUGAUAGCCGAUCGUUUCACGGAGGAAGCUGAGAGAUCGAAAGCCCUGGGUAUAGCUCUCGCGUUUAUCAGUUUCGGCUGCCUGGUCGCCCCGCCUUUCGGUGGAGCGUUGUACCAGUUUGCGGGAAAAGAAGUCCCGUUUCUGAUUUUAGCUCUCAUAUCCUUAAUCGACGGCUUCAUGCUGUUGCUCGUCAUGAAACCUCUGAAGACUCAAAUUAAAGAGGCUAACACCCCGAAACCGGCCGGGACGCCGAUUUGGAAGCUGCUGAUGGAUCCGUACAUCGCGGUAUGCGCGGGAGCCCUGAUGAUGUCGAACGUGGCUUUGGCUUUCCUCGAGCCGACCAUAUCGUUCUGGAUGGAGGAUAACUUAACAAAAGACAAUUGGAAGAUCGGGAUGAUUUGGCUGCCGGCAUUCUUCCCGCACGUCCUGGGGGUCAUCAUCACGGUGAAGAUGGCGAAACAAUAUCCCCAGCAUCAGUGGCUCAUGGCCGCCGGAGGCCUGGCGCUGGAGGGCCUGUGCUGUUUCAUCAUUCCAUUCGCGAACUCCUACAAAAUGCUGAUGCUCCCCAUCUGCGGAAUCUGCUUCGGUAUUGCGCUGAUCGACACGGCCCUGCUCCCCACUCUGGGGUACCUGGUCGACGUUCGGUACGUCUCAGUCUACGGCAGCAUCUACGCCAUAGCCGACAUAUCGUACUCUUUCGCUUACGCCGUAGGACCGAUCAUAGCCGGCGAGGUCGUGGAAGCGAUAGGAUUCACCGCCCUGAAUUUACUGAUCGCGUUUAGCAAUCUUCUGUACGCCCCCGUGUUGAUGUAUCUCAGGCAUAUCUACGACUUCAAGCCGUUCGAAAACGAGGCCAACAUCCUGAUGGCCGACCCGCCUGACAAGGAGUACCAGACGUACACUAUGCAGGACCAGAGACCCGUGAACGGUGAAUUCAAGAAUCACCUAGAGUAUAGCAGUGUUUCCGGUCAAAACGAGGGCAUGCAGGAGUCCAACGUGGAUAACGCGACCACAUACGAGUACCAGGAGAGUUACCAGAAUUAUGCUCAAAACUACGACCAGCAGGGCUACCAGCAGGAGAGCUACAGCCAGCCACCGGCGCGCCAGCUGCCGGCCCAGCCGCAGCCGACGGCCAGCAACCCGUUCCGCGCCAGCACCUCCGCCCCUUCGCAGCCCGCGCCCGCCCCCGCCCCCGGCCCGGCCCCCGUUAGAAACCCCUUCCGACAAGGCUUCUAGAGCUAUCAGUGUUGUUAUUUAUAUUUUGAAUUUACUUGUUGUGUAAUUUUAAAUGUCUUCUAGAAUUUCGAUCACUGAGCCGAGACUGGCGACGUUUAGCCUCCCACUUCGCUUGUGAUUAUUCUAGUAGCGCGGCUAUAUACAAAACAUUAUUAUAUUCCGUAAUAUUACAAGUUAGUAUUCAAAAUUAUGGAGCAUGUCGAUGUUUUGUAUAAAGAAUAAUUUCUUGUUGAUACUCUUAAAGAUGUUACCUUCUCUCUAAUAUAUUUAUGAUAGGUAGUGUUUUGGAUUCUUUUGAAUGAAUCUUGUGAAAUUUAGAGUACACAGAAGUUUAUAAAAUCCAUAUAAUAUGUUACAAAAUAUAAAAAUAUUGUUAGAGGACAUAUUAUGUAUAAAAUUUGGUAUGGUAUAUAUAUCAUAUACUACAACAUAUUAAAUAGGCAUGUAAAGUAAAUUAAUUUUGCACCAUAGAAUUAGUGAGGGCCUAAGAUAUUAAUUUGAAAAGGCACUUGCGACAAAUUCGAACAUGAUCUAUCGAUUAAUAAUUAUGUAUAUUCUGUACAAAACGUGUCAUUAAUUUUUCAUCGUCGAAACGACACUUAUCGUGUAAAUGGUGUUUUAGAUAUAACCUCGAAGAUAUCUUAAGAUUAAUUAUCUUCCUAGAAUGUUAGCAAUAAAGUAAGUAAUGUCAAUGCAUAAUCAACUUAUAUCAAUUGUAAAUCAAUUAGUAGGUAAGACCAACUUGUGAUAAGUUGCAACCAAGUAACGAAACAUAUCAGAAUCUUUUGAUUCACCCUAGCGUAAGGAGAUGUAAUAUUUUUGUCUUUAGCGUAAGUUAUUUCGGUUUAUGUAAGUGUUUGUGGUUGUAUUGUUUAGCUGUAAUGUGUUUAUUUCAAAGAGCACAGUGGUUCUUCGAUGGGUAUUGGUACCAGUAUACACAUAUAAUUCAAACGAGAUUUGUGUGAAAUCAAUU